CGCGCGAAAAUUCUGUCUAUAUCGCGAUCACCACGUGACACUGUAUUUGAUCUUAUUGUAGUUUAUCGAUCAUAUCGAUAUCUCGGUGCAAGGAAGCGUCAUCCACCGUAGAACGAUAUAUCGUUCGCUCGAUGUAAUCGUUAAAACGCAAACGGGCGCUGAUAUAUUUCCGUAGAGUGCCAUUAAACUUUUCGCGUAGUCUGCAAAUACGGCGAACAUUACGCGUCUGCUUUUUCCGUGCGUGAAAAAUUCUCGAACGGUGAACGAACCCGUGACGACAUCGAUUUCCUGGAAAUCAUCUCGCUCAUAGUUUCGAUUUAGCCGGAAGUACGUGUCAAAGUUCGACGUUGUGGAAACAGUGGGUGUGCCGUAGUUUGUCUCGCGAUGGAAACAGGAUGUGAAUCGCAGGCUCAGACGACUAAUCUGUACGAAGCUUACAACACCGCGAAAACGGAAACGAAUCUUCUGAGUCUUGAUGCAUUGUUGGCGGACCUACAAAACACUGUAUCAUCGGAGGGCAAUCAUGUCGGCAGUAAUGCAACUCCUGGUUACGGAUCAUUGAACGGUGCACGAACCACUGCGUACAGAUCGUACGAUAAUCGAACUUCUCCCCUUCCCUCGCAGUCGCCGACUUAUCAAAAUCGAGAGGCGAUAGAGGAGAACAUUGCCAAAAGCAGCGGUGGUGGCAAGAUGCCUUCUCUGAACAAUAAUCUUUCAGAGUUAGACACGCUUCUUCAAGAUCUCAGCAAUGCUCGCUACAAUGCGCACUAUCAAGAACGAGAAAAUCGCGUAUCUUCCGGAGGAAUAAACGGAGACUCUAGUCCGAUGCUUCGUUCUCCAAGCAGUAUGUCAGCCUCCAGACCCACCGUUGAUUCGUUGCUCGAAGAACUGAGCACCGCAGUACCGAACGGGGAUUAUCCUCCGGACGGAAAGGUUAAAGUGACCAUACAGGAAACAUCGACGGAGAUUCAACCCGUGUACGAUGGUUAUCCUUCCAGAGGACACGGUUCGUUGAAUCGUAGCGAGGUACAAAGAAGUUACACGAAUGGUCACACGGCCAGCAACGCAACCAAGGAACUGGACGAUUUAAUGGCGUCUCUGUCAGAAUUCAAGAUCAACAGCGGAUCCCAUCAGCAUCAGACGGUAACCGACUCUCCGUACGCGAAGCCCAACAAAGCGACGAAGAGUUCGCAAAGUCCGCUGCCACCUGAAGGCGCGCAAACUCGAAUUCAUAUCACAGAGACCCACACGACACAUCAUUAUCAGCAGCAACACGGAGAGCCGUAUCCUACGCAGCCAGCGGCUCAGACGAAACAGAAUCAGUUAGAUUCUAUGCUAGGAAACCUUCAAGCGGACAUGAGUCGCCAAGGUGUAAACACUACUCAGAAGGGCUGCUGCAGCGCCUGCGAGAAGCCUAUCGUGGGACAAGUGAUCACCGCGCUAGGAAAGACCUGGCACCCGGAACACUUCACCUGCACCCACUGCAACCAAGAGUUAGGCACGCGAAACUUCUUCGAGAGGGAGGGUCAUCCGUACUGCGAGCCGGAUUAUCAUAAUCUUUUCUCUCCCCGUUGUGCCUACUGUAACGGUCCCAUUCUGGACAAAUGCGUAACCGCUCUGGAAAAAACUUGGCACACUGAGCACUUCUUCUGCGCUCAGUGUGGCAAACAAUUUGGUGAAGAGGGAUUCCACGAGCGGGACGGCAAGCCGUACUGCAGAGAGGAUUACUUCGACAUGUUCGCUCCGAAAUGCGGUGGCUGCAAUCGUGCCAUCAUGGAGAAUUACAUAUCGGCACUAAACAGUCAAUGGCAUCCGGACUGUUUCGUGUGCAGGGACUGUAGACAAAAAUUCCAGGGAGGGUCAUUCUUUGAUCACGAAGGUUUGCCUUAUUGUGAAACCCAUUAUCAUGCGAAAAGAGGAUCUCUGUGUGCAGGAUGUCAUAAACCGAUUACAGGUCGUUGCAUAACCGCCAUGUUCCGGAAGUUCCAUCCAGAACAUUUUGUAUGCGCGUUUUGCUUAAAACAAUUGAACAAAGGUACUUUCAAAGAACAAAAUGAUAAGCCGUAUUGUCAUGGAUGUUUUGACAAGCUGUUCGGCUAAACGUUUACCGCAGAGUAUUCUUAUUUGUAACAUAACGACGAACAAGCUGUUUUGCUUGGUAUUACUUACCGUUUUAUAGAAUCCUGAUGUACACUUGGAUACAGCGCAGGUUUUUUUGCAGAAAGAAAAGUUUUUCUCCGCGUGAUUUCGACUUUAAAAGACCGAAUAUGUAAAUUUAAAAAUUUUUAAAUCUUCACAUUUACAAAUUUAUUAACCAAAAAUCAGGAUAGAACCACUUCUCCUAUGUCCUCAUUUUUUUCUGAGGAAGCCUACGAUGCUCCCCAAUGUACGUCUAUAUCUGUAGGGCAUGUAAUCGUUUUAGUCGUUAUACGAAACUAUUCACGAUCUAAGCUUAUUAUGAAUCAAAACAGCCUUUAGAGAUUUUUACAAAUCUUAACAUUAAAUAUGGUGCAAGAAUUCACAAUUAUGUAUCACGUAUUGUCGUAUAUAUCAUCAUCUUAUCUGAAGGAUAAGGUGACCGAUUAUCUGCAGUCAACUUUAUCUUCCAUUGUCCUUAAUAAGGAUUCGUUGCUAAUAUUUUCAUGGAUAUUUUGUAUCAAGUACUUUCAUCAUUGAUCAUACAACUUAAGGAUUAAUAAAAGGUGCUAACUCGUAGCUUACUUUUACUAAUAAUGUAUUUGUUAAGAGAUUUAUAUAUAAUAUAAUUGAGUACGAUAGCUGCCAAUUGAAAAAUAUUUAUAUGGAAUAUUAAAUGGUUCUUUCAUUAAAUUUGAUACAGGUUUAUAAAAUAUUUAUAGUUUUUAAAUGGAACAUAUUGUGGAAGCUACUCUUUUUAAACUGUUUGUUUCUACACGAUAUUGAAAUUACCGUUUAAGGAGCCUCUGUUAAAUAUAUAUAUAUGACAAAUACAUAACAAAAUAUAAUAAAUUAAUGAAUAAAAAUUAA